ACCUCACAACUUGGUCUGUGGGUAAACGAUCAAAUUCUAAAAUAUUUUGAAGUAAAUUUACAAUAUCAACUAAAGUUUCUAGCGACUUUGUGUCAAAGUUUUCCGAGAAAUCGGGAUGAAUCCCGUGAGUAUGUCUAAUAAUAACAACAACGAUUCCUUUUGUUAUCUCGGAUUUUCUAUGACGUAUAUACGUGCUGUGUUUCUUGUUGAUUGGAUCUCACUCAAGUUGGUGAUACCUCCUUUAAAGUUAAAUAUGAAAUGGGUCGCCGCCGGGCCUAUUACGCUAUGGGCAAGCAAUUGCGAGAAAUUCCGCCCGCACUGUCGGUGAAGGAUCGAUCCAAUAAAAGAUCGUCCAUCUCACUCACAGUGUCAGCGCCGAAAAGCGAUUUUACAUGUUUGCCUUUUGCAGUUUUAAUACUCACCCACUUUGGCCGCUGGUUGCGCAACUCCGGAAUAUUCCAUUAAGGUUUCAACCAAUCUACGGACGUGUGUAACCUAAAUUCUGGCAACGGUUUCCGGCUGUUGGCCGCCAUUUCUCACUUUUUUCCGACACCUAUGCCAGAAGACAUUUGAAAAAGAGCAUUUGAUGUGUCCGGCGUUUAUGGAUGGGCAAAGCUCCAAGCCAUUGCCUUAAUCGAAUCGAUCGUAUUGACGCAACCACCAACUUAAUAAGUGGAAUUUGUCGUCGUUCCUGCUUUCGCUACUUUGGCGUGUGUAAUCAAACCCGAUGGCAUCCGCAAAUGUGAUCACUCGCUGCUGCUGCUGCGACGACGACGCAAUUACGCCAAUCUCUUUCCAUCAGCGUCAUUUUCAGUCAAUGGUUCGCAGACGGACACGUCAUCGGGGCCAGACGGGCGGGAGACGGACGAGACCGUGUCACACUGCCAGCAGGAGACGAAGGUCGCGUUCCUUUCGGCGAAAGAAACCCCUCCCCAGGCGGAAUAUUUAAUUACUGUGUCAAUUCCGGCAGGUUGUUUUGAAAGGUCCCGCACCAUAUUUCACGCGGUUGUCAAUUCUCUGAGAGCCGCACUUUAGCGUCGAGUUUUCCCAGGCCGCAAUUAAGGGCUAUACAGGGGAGCACGAAACCUUUUUUUCUUCUUUCCCAAACUGGUGUAAGCCAUGAACUUUCCGAGUUGUAUGUUGAGCUAAUGAUGACCAACUGAGCACACUCACGCUACUAGUAGCGUAGUAGUAGGGGAAUUUGUAACGAGAAAACCCCCAAGUAUCGACCAUUAUGGUUGAAUUUGUUGGAUGAAACUUGUUUCAGAGUGGUUAUUUUAAGGCCCAUUAUUCAACGUCAACCAGUCGCGUUGAACCCCCUACUUUUUGGUCGUUAUGUAACGGACAGGUUGGGUUUCCUACAUUAUGCAAAUUGGAGUGAUACGGAGAAAAGGCAACCCUCAUUCCUUCAAUCUUGUUUGUUUACCCCUUGUGAAUCGACUAAUUUGUUUACUGGUAGCUACCACUCGAUUCGAGAGGGAAAUAACAGCAUUAUACACGUCAGCAUGUAUGAAAGAAGAAGAAGCCCUCUGCUUAUCCCUAUGCACGCUCUGCACGAGUCGACUUUACUCUCCUCAUCCGUUUUUUCCUUCUUCUACUCCUCUCUGAAUGUCAGAUGGUAGUGGUGCAUCGUAGUAGACUCUAUAUGCGUUCUUCGUGCGCAUCCAAAAAUACGCCAGCUCUAUAGCCGGCAGAUAACUUCGCCGCUCUUUUGCUGUAGGCUGGCUCUGUGUAAACGAUGAUUGAAUUAGGUUGUUUCCUAUUGCAUUAUAUGGGGUCUCGACUAUGCUAUCUAUAUGUACAUACGUCGACAUCCCAGUUCUUCGUAUAACAUCUGAGUCUCCGCAUGCCAUUUUAAUCAAUGUGUGCUUUGACCCAUUUCUUGUCGUCUAUCUUGCUACGUACGUACGGAUGGAUCGGCAAAUCCUUGGAACAAAUGACCUUAGACAAAAUUCACUGGGACGAGCAUAACAACGUCUAUAGAUUAGUUUGCUGGCACCGAAUUAACCGGAUUAUUCUGCGGCGUAAUACACGGGUUUCAGGACGGGGUGUGUCACACAUACUACACAUUUAAAAUCUCAUUGAGUGGCGAGAUUAAUCGACUGCUUUUCUUCAUUAGUAGGACUGCGCUCUUGUGUGUCUGCCCGGCCCGGUGUCGACGUGACUCAUUCGACAUGAAGCAGAAACCCUCGCGGCAGUUCCAGCAAGCAAUAAUCAAAAUGACUUAAUCAAAUCUUGAUGAUGAAAGUCUCGAAAUAGGUUUCAUCAUUUCUUCUUCUUCUUUCUUCCACCGUUUUCUUCUUAUCGGGUCCGUGACAAGAAUGAUGCAAGUGUCGUUUCGCCUGCCGGAUCGCUCAGCGUUUGGACUUUUUUGACAGGCGUUACUGUGACUGGCGUCUUUAUCUAUCUUGUUGUUGCUUCCGUCGGUGGCAAAAAAUAAAUAAAUAAAAAGUCGUUUCGCGAAAGUAGAAAGUUGCUAAAACUAAACUAAAGUACCCUCGCGUGCCCGUAGAUGAAAAGACGUUAUAGUAUAUUCUGCCCGUAUAUAUACUUGAUGGCUCCCAAAAGUCCAUCGUCCAGCCAAGGCAUACAAACGAACUCCGUGUAAAUGCUUUUGACUCGAGUUUCUGCCAAAAUAACACACUCUAGUUAUUAUUAAACAAUCUCCACCAAGCAGUCGGUCUAUACAACUGCAGACGACCAAGUUGUACAGAUGUCGACUCGACUUGCGCGUUUGCGGCGCUAAUGGCAACAAAUUGGAGCAAGAAUUAGGAAGUUGCUUCAUUUACUACCGCAAACAUUGACCACUCGUUCAUCACUCGUUUCUUUUUCUCUCCAGUAGCAUGUGUCUACAACUCUGGUUAUGUGUAUAGGUGAUUUAUCAGCCAUAGACUGCGAUUUUUACACCGACAUAUUGUGUGUAGAGUAUAAAGCUGUCACGUCAUCGAUCAUCAUGUAAACUCGAUAGAGUUCCUUGCCAAGAAGCUGGGUUUUUAUCGAUUUGUAUUUUUGUUUCCCCUCUCUCCGUUGCCAGCGCAUGUACAGGCGGCAUCAAAUUUCAAGUUAUUGGAACCUAAACAAUGUUGACUAAGUUGCAUUUAUUAUUGCAGCACUUGCGUCUGUUUAUACCCAGGUUUUUAAAAAAAUACUUAAAUUUCACGAUUUUUCCUGCCUGUGAACGCGGCAGUGAGUUGCAUCGAUUUUUUAAUUUUUUCCUAGUGCCUGAAUUUCGCCACGAUGAGUUCGACGUUUCUGAAAGCCUCUUUUGAAUCUAAUAUGUUAAAUAUAGCUUUUGUGAUAUGAAAUAGGGAGCGACAUAAAUCUGGCAAAACUGCGAUAGCAUUAUGUAAAGGAUUUAGGCAUAUAUAUAUAGACGCCCCAACAUUGACUAUAGGUUCUGCGAUUGCUUCAACUGUGCAGUCCCACUUGCAGAGAGAGAGAGCGACCGGCUAUUUCUAGGGGGUUGGCGACGGCGACUGGCCUCAGUCGGAGAAUGGAUCUGGUCCCGAAACAAGGUGUCCCGUGUCGUUCUACAAAACGCACUCGUCUCUUACUACCGUUAUCUCUUGUGUGGGAUUGAAUUUCGUUUAAAUUGACUACACGCGCUAGUAGAAUUAAUUGAUCAGAGUGCAGCGAUUGUCAUUUGCUCAGGUAUGAGAAGGCACACAUUUCUAUUCGCUAUCGAUUUGUUGUCAACUUUGAUUCGGCUGCUUUCAGCUCUCAACUUUUUCCCAUCAUUAAGAACUUGACGUCUUCUCCUAACGACUUUUCCCACCCUAUGUAAGGAGGCAAAUUUUUUUCGUGGUAGGCUUUGACAGCCGCGUAACAUAGCCCUUGAAUAAUUGAUUUCCUCCUCCAUGACGUGGUGUCGGCCGGACAAAGAGUUUGGGGCACAAAGCGGUCUAGCGUGAAAUGCCGCUGGACCUCUUCAUCUUGUAGGGCCUAUCUUGUCCCCAAAAGUGUGCUGCACAUUAGCCCUCUUGGCGUUAUAGUCGUCGUCCAGCGUCAAGUGGGAAUUGCCUUUUUCGUCACCCAGCAUGGCGUUGUUAUUAGGUGGAACUUUCGCACUCUUCUCGGCCCUGUGUACUUGCGUCACUUUGGGUCAGAACCUUUCCAGCAGCGGAUUCGACGAGGACAAGUUCCUUUCCGUACUGGCCACGGGUGAGCUCCCGUUAAUUCAAUGCUGCGGUGUCGGUGAAUUGUACAGACCUGGGCUCGAUUUCUGCAAGAAUGAAUCCGUCCUUUAUGAUGUCGAUCCGCUCCCAAUCUACUCGUCUUCUUAUACCAACAGUAGUGAGAAUCCUUUUCUACUGUCGUUGAACGACGAGCGCGUGCGGACCCAGCGCGCGCUGAAACAAUGUCCCGAUGGAUUCGUAGCCAGAACGACGGAUCGCUUCCAACUGUUUGAAGAUUUCUCGAUGAAAAGCGGAGAAGAAGGAGGAUUUCUUCCGGCGGCCGACUAUUGCAUUUAUCCGCAGAGCCAAUCUCGUUCGGCAGCGUCGGCGAGCGGUCCGUCAUUUCAAUACGCCGCUCGCUAUUGCGUUCACGCCGAUUGCGACAAUGUCCCGUGCAUCCGCAAAUGUUGUCCCUUGGGGAUGGCCGUCGACGUCAACGACAAGGCCUGCAAAUUAAGCGACGAGCCUUUCAAUGAGACAGUCCACCGAGUAUUCGACUUGAAUCCAGAGAUGAAAAUCGUCGACGGCUACGGAUUCGGAAUGAAUUGCUACGACGAGGCGAGUAAUUUGCUGGAAUUGACCGAAUUCAACGUCCUUAGCAGCGGCCAGAUGUACGCCCCCGACUACCCCUACGAUGAACGAGCCACUUAUCAAUACUGUGUCGACAAUUUCGUCUCAGGAAUUUCUCAAGAUCAAAAUCAAAAGAGUGCAAUGAAGGGACUGCGCUGUUUCCCCCAGUACUUCAACUUGAAUGAAGCCAAUCAAUUGGCUCAUUCCAUCUAUCCGUAUCUGCUCUUCAUUUCCUCCGGCUUUUUGUUUCUCACUUUUGUCGUCUACGCCUUCCUGGCAUCGGAGAUUUUCAAUGCUCACGGAUUGAUCGUCAUGUGUUACGUCGCUUCGAUGGCUGUCCUUUACGCCUGUUUGGGAAUUUUCCAGCUCCAGCUGGUUGUUCCAAAUUUACCAGUCGAUCCGGGCUACACCUGCAUCGGAUUGGCUGUGGUGACGCACUUUUUCUUCCUGGCCACCUUCUCCUGGCUUCACGUCAUGUGCUUCGACAUAUGGAGGACUUUUAGAAAAUCGACUCCGAAACCGUUUAAUCGCCGAGUGGGCGCCUCCUUUAUUCCGUACUCUAUUGUCGGAUGGGGAUUUCCUUUCCUGAUCGUGUUGACUGGCCAAGUGUUGGAUGGCAUUGUCGAGUCCCGCGGCAGCAGCUCCGUCAUUCAACCGCUUUUCGGCGAAGGACAAACUUGUUGGUUUAAUGAGUGGAAGUCUCUCUUUUUAUACCUGUACGGACCUGUGGCCGUGAUCGUGCUGGCCAACCUUUCCUUCUUUGUCAUGACGGCCAUUCAACUGUGCAAAACACGCAAGGAGUCGGCUCUGGCCCUCAGGAACCAACAGUCGCAAAAUCACAUAACCAGACAAAGGAUCCGUGUCAUCUUCAGUUUGUUCAUCUUGAUGGGCGUGUCGUGGACGAUGGAAGUCAUCUCGUUUGCAGUCGGCGGCUCCUACUUGGUCUGGUACAUCUUCGACAUGCUCAACAUUUUCACCGGUGUCUUUGUCUUCAUCAUUUUCGUCUGCAAGAAGAAAGUCUGGAAAAUGUUGAAGAAGAAAUUCAAGUAUCUGCGAGUCAACGGGCUGCACAUCCUCUGCCCGUGUUGUCCCAGCAAACAGCAGAAUCCGGCGCUGCGUGCCUCUCGAACCAGCAAGCAGAGUUUCUGUCGACAUCAAAGCCGCAGUUCCGUUUCCACGCCGUCUCAGCUCUACUUUUUGAAGACCAGCAACGAUUUGAAGACGAAAUUGUCACGAAAAAGUGUCGACGAAGAGGACACUUGCAUUUAGAUGAGACACGACAAUGGCGUCUUGUUGUUUUCUUUUGUUCCUUUUGCGCUCGAGUUGAUUACGUAACGCUCGUCUCGAGCCAAGUCAAUAAAACUCAAUUGACGGGUUGUUUUUUUUUUCUUUUCGUUUGUUUUUUUUCCAUCAGGGCGGAUGCAUGCAGAACAAUUUUUCUACUUUGGGUCGUCUACGUCUAUUUACAGUUUUGUUGAAUUUAUGGUGAUAUGCCUGAGCAGCAUAUAAACGUAUUCGUCGCAUUUCCAUGUGAGCAGCAGUCGCAAUAGUCGAUCGUUUAUCAUUGGCUCCGUAUAUAUGCAAAGCCUCUUUUUCUAGUUUCUAUUUGAUCCUCUAUUAUAUAUAGACGUCUGAUAUGUAUACCCGGCAUUGUUCCUAUUACUUUUUGGUUUUGUCAUUCGAAAUUUGCCGAUGUACUUUUUUUUAUUAAAAAAAAUACAGUGCUUUGCGUCGUG